UCCGGAGCGCACGCAGCUCCCAGUGUUCUCCCGGGCUCCAGGCUCCGCGCCCGAAGACAGCUGGGGCGGCGGCGGAGGGACCGGCGGCGACACGCGAGGGGCGCGGUGCCUGCCCUGCCCCUUUCUGCCCGCUGGCUGCGGCGAGCGCCUGGCGCCGGCUGGAGCCGGGCUGGGGUGCCGCGCCCGAGCUGAGCCGCUCGCCCGGGAGGUGCUCGCGGACCAACGCACCUCGCGGGCGAGCGGAGGCUGCACCGCGCCACCGGCUCCUGGGUGGACCCUCGGUGGGCACCGCGCCCAAAGCCCAGUCGGGUCUUAGCGGCUGCAGGCGGCUCGGGCCCGUGGUCCUCCAGCCUCAAGUCUGGGAGCUCCCGGCCUCACUCUGCCGCUGUCUAUGGGGAUCCGAGAGUUUCCCGGCGGCACACCCAGGGGCAAAAGCAUCACCAUUGGCAUGAGGAGGUCACCGGAUGUUAGUCCCCGGAGACUGUCUGACAUCAGCCCCCAGCUCCGGCAGCUCAAGUACCUGGUGGUGGACGAGGCGAUUAAAGAGGAUCUGAAAUGGUCACGGUCCGUGGAGGAUCUCACCAGUGGACCAGCGGGGCUCACAUCCAUUGAGGAGAGGAUCCUGCGCAUCACUGGCUACUAUGGCUACCAGCCCUGGGCAGCGAGCUACAAAAGGGAGGAGCGCCCCCGGGAAUCCCCGGGCCCCACUGAGGCCCAGGCGCCGGCUGGAGGGGAGGCCGGCGGGAGAACGAGCUCCCACUGCUGGAAAUGCUCACACGAGCAGCUCAAGAAAGUCUUCUGGGGCGUGUUGGUGGUGCUGUGUGUGUGCUCAUCCUGGGCCGGCUCCACACAACUCGCUAAACUGACCUUCAGGAAGUUCAAUGCUCCCUUCACCCUGACGUGGUUCGCCACCAACUGGAACUUUUUAUUCUUUCCGCUGUACUACGUGGGUCACAUCUGCAAGUCUGAAGAGAAGCAGUCUGUGAAACAGAGAUACAGGGAAUGCUGUCGAUUUUUUGGAGACAAUGGCUUGACUUUGAAGGUGUUUUUUACCAAGGCAGCACCCUUUGGUGUUCUUUGGACACUCACAAACUACCUGUACUUACAUGCAAUAAAGAAAAUAAACACUACGGAUGUCUCCGUGUUGUUCUGCUGCAACAAAGCUUUUGUGUUCUUGCUCUCAUGGAUCGUUCUCAGGGACAGGUUCAUGGGAGUGAGGAUUGUGGCUGCUAUCCUUGCCAUUGCUGGGAUUGUGAUGAUGACCUAUGCAGAUGGCUUCCACAGCCACUCUGUAAUCGGCAUAGCACUGGUAGUGGGCUCUGCAUCCAUGUCUGCCCUCUACAAGGUUCUGUUCAAGCUACUUCUGGGCAGUGCUAAGUUUGGAGAAGCCGCCUUAUUUUUGUCUAUUUUGGGUGUAUUUAACAUCCUCUUCAUCACCUGCAUUCCUGUCAUCCUUUACUUUACCAAAGUGGAAUAUUGGAGCUCUUUUGAUGACAUUCCAUGGGGAAACCUUUGUGGAUUUUCAAUCCUCUUAUUGACAUUCAAUAUUGUAUUAAAUUUUGGAAUUGCUGUUACAUAUCCUACUCUGAUGUCUCUUGGAAUCGUCCUCAGUGUACCUGUGAAUGCAGUGGUAGAUCAUUACACCAGUAAAAUUGUCUUCAACGGAGUCCGAGUCAUCGCCAUCAUCAUCAUCGGCCUGGGCUUCCUCCUCUUGCUCUUGCCUGAGGAGUGGGAUGUCUGGUUGAUUAAGCUGCUCACACGCCUCAAAGUGAGGAAGAAGGAGGAGACAGCUGAGGGCAGCACAGACGUGGGCUCAGGACCUCAGAACAAGAACAGAAGAGCCCGCCCUUCCUUUGCCCGCUGAGGGCCCACUCUCUAGAACUCUGGUGAACACUCCUGAUCAAAGAUUUAGAGGUCUAUUCCUGCCAGGGGAAGCCUCAGUUCGAUAAGGUGUACAUACUUGUACAGUUCUGGUAAUCUGCGGUAAGUUACACGGUAUUUAUUGGCAUGUCCAACUUGCUUGCACUUUUUUCACAUCAGACCUUUCACUUAAGGGUACCAAUUCCGAACGAAAGAGGAAAAGAAGAACCGCUCAGCUCUUUUCAAAUGAAUGUAAAGCAGGUUAAAAUUAUCCAUGAUGCAUAGAGUGUUUUGGAUGACAGACAUUCUUGACAAGGCAGGACAAAUGUUUUGAAUCUUAGAAACUGAAAAUUAUAUUGCACACUGUGAUUAUUUCUCAGCUAUGGUAGGUCAUAUUUUGUUUUUAUACCAGAGCUGUACUCUUAAUUUUAUGGAAUUUCACUGAACCAAAAGAUAAGUAGGUUAAUUUGGAGGGAGAAUGGAUGGGAUGUGAAGAGGUGAAACAAAAAGGAAUAACGGACAUCAAAAAUCGUCUGCUAUGACUAAUCUGGGGUUGAUCCGUGGAAGAGGACAGGCCUGAUCCAGGCACUGAGGGGAAAGAGAAGUCGAGCCCCAGUCAGUUUGUUCUUACAUGUUUUUCUGUGUAAGAUCAUGGAAGAGAAAUUACAGUGCCUUCUACAGAUUUUUGUCUUUACCUAUGUGAAGCGAGGUGACAUUGUAAGUCACUGGCGCCGUCUUAUAAUUUAGAUGUAGAAAUAUUUAGAAACAAAUAAAAUUAUAUGUGUGUAUGUACAAAAAUGACAAAGCUAAUGACCAGUAUAGCAGAACAUGGUUUAUGAUAUGCAAUCUGCAUAGAAGGUAGACUACACAGGAGGUGAAUGGCUGGUUGCUUUUACUUAAUGACUAAGAAGGGGCAAUUAUUUACUGAAUCUGUAAACCUUUUUAUGAAACUUUUAAAGCAACAGGCUGUUUACUUACACCCUUUAGGUCUGCCAGAAAAUUCUAUCUGUGAUAGAUCUGUAAAGAGGGAUAAGGGGGGUAGAGUUUACUAUUUUUGAAGUUUACAUUGUUACAUAAGAAAUGGAAAUAUUAUUUUGAAAUGUGUCAAAAUCCAACCGGUGCGCUCUGUAACCAUGGAAUCUUUUGUUUCAUAGGGCAAAGGGGCACUCAUGACCUGAACUUUUUAGCAAAUUAUUAUUCUCAGUUUCCAUUACCUGUUUGCCCAAACAGAUUAAUAAAGUUU